AUGGAGCCCUGGUGCUGGGCUGGGGUCCGUGGGCAGGGUCCUCAGGGUCCCCAUGGGCCCGGGGCCUCUCGCACCCGCACCCGUGCCCGUGCCCUUCUUCUGCUGUUGCUGCUGCUGCUGCUGCUCCUGCCUCGGCGCCCCGCAGGUGAGCCCCCUCCGCUGCCGGCGCCCUCCCCAGCGCGCGCACACCCCGGGCCACCUCUGACCCGCUGACCUGCCGCAGGCUGCUUGGCCACAGGUGCAUCAUCCCCCGGGGCGCUGUCCACCUCAGUCCCCAGCGGCCCUGGAGUCUCCUGUGGGCCCGGAGCCACCUGUCCCUCAGGCGGGCUUCGCCUUCCCCGGCAAGUCGACGCUUCAGCGACCACUGUUCUAACGACACAGCCGACACAGCCGACGACACAGCCGGCUGCGGAGACACAGUCGGCCACCACAGGGAUGGCCAGGAUCGUUCAGGGGACCAAACCCAGCAACCUCCUCUUCUGUGGCUCCUCCCAUGAGCCAGACCCGACCCUCAGGGACCCAGAAGCCAUGACUCGGCGGUGGCCAUGGAUGGUCAGUGUGCAGGCUAACGGCACCCACGUCUGUGCCGGCACCCUUAUUGCUUCCCAGUGGGUGCUGACCGUGGCCCACUGCUUGACGCAGCAGGACGUUAAGUAUACGGUGAGGGUGGGGAGCCCAUGGAUUAACCAGACGUCCAAAACCAGCACCGAUGUGCCAGUACAUCAGAUCAUCGUAAACAGCGACUACCAAGCCAAACGGUACUGGUCCUGGGUGGGCCGGACCAAUGACAUCAGCCUCCUCAAACUACAGUGGGGGCUCAAGUACAGCAAAUAUGUGUGGCCCAUCUGCCUGCCUGGCCUGGAAUAUGUAGUAGCGGACAAUUCUCUCUGCACUGUGACAGGCUGGGGAUCUCCCAAGGUUAAUGGCAGGUGGCCCCAGUUCCAAUCCCUUCAGGAGAAGGAAGUCUCCAUCUUGAACAGCCGGAAGUGUGAGCGGUUCUACCACAAGUUCUCCAGAAUCUCCUCUCUGAUUCGGAUCAUCACUUCUCAGAUGAUCUGUGCCUCGGACAACGACAGGGAGAAGUUCUGCUACGAGCUAACUGGCGAGCCCUUGGUCUGCUCUUCUGAUGGCACAUGGUACCUGGUGGGGAUGAUGAGCUGGGGCCCAGGUUGCAAGAAGAACGAGGCCCCACCCAUCUUUCUGCAGGUCUCCUCCUACCAGUCCUGGAUCUGGAACCACCUUAGCGGGAAGGCCCUGGCCCUUCCAGCUUCCAGAACCUUGCUCCUGGCUUUUCUUCUGCUCCUCAGCCUUCUUGGCACUCUGUGA